AUGUAUUGGCUGAUGUACUUAUCAAUAGUAUCUGAAGAUGAGUGGCUGUAUGAGCAAGUGAAUAUGCGGACAGAGGGCUGCAUUAUUGGCUUUGAUGAGUACAUGAACCUUGUAUUAGAUGAUGCAGAAGAGAGUCAUUGUAAAACAAAGUCAAGAAAACAACUGGGUCGGAUCAUGCUAAAAGGAGAUAAUAUUACUCUGCUCCAAAGUGUAUCCAACUAGAAAUGGUCAAGCACGGGAGAAGUUGUGUUUGGAAAUCCGGUU